ACCGCACGCCUACCCGUUCGCGGCCGCCUCCGGGGCGGCCAGCAGCUCUGCCGCGGAGCCCGAGGGUCCCGGGGCCAGCUGUGCAGCUGCCGCCAAAGCGCCGGUGAAGAAGAACCCGAAGGUGGCCAGCGUGAGCGUGCAGCUGGAGAUGAAGGCGCUGUGGGACGAGUUCAAUCAGCUGGGCACCGAGAUGAUCGUCACCAAGGCCGGCAGGCGAAUGUUCCCCACAUUUCAAGUGAAGCUCUUUGGCAUGGAUCCCAUGGCCGACUACAUGCUACUCAUGGACUUUGUGCCUGUGGAUGAUAAGCGCUACCGGUAUGCCUUCCAUAGCUCCUCCUGGCUGGUGGCCGGCAAGGCAGACCCUGCCACACCCGGCCGAGUACACUACCACCCUGACUCGCCGGCCAAGGGUGCACAGUGGAUGAAGCAAAUCGUGUCCUUCGACAAGCUGAAGCUGACUAACAACCUGCUGGAUGACAAUGGCCACAUUAUUCUCAACUCCAUGCACAGAUACCAGCCCCGAUUCCAUGUUGUGUACGUGGACCCUCGAAAAGACAGCGAGAAAUAUGCGGAGGAGAACUUCAAAACCUUUGUGUUUGAGGAGACGCGAUUUACAGCGGUCACUGCCUACCAGAACCACCGGAUCACGCAGCUUAAGAUUGCCAGCAAUCCGUUCGCCAAAGGCUUCCGGGACUGCGACCCUGAGGACUGGCCCCGGAACCACCGACCUGGCGCGCUGCCGCUCAUGAGCGCCUUUGCACGCUCUCGGAACCCCGUGGCUUCCCCCACGCAGCCCAACGGCGCCGAGAAAGACGCCGCUGAAGCCCGGAGAGAAUUCGAUCGCGACCCGGGGCCGGCCCUACUCGGCGACCCGGCGCACCCGCCGCAGCUGCUGGCUCGAGUGUUGAGUCCCGCGCUGCCCGGGCCGGGCGGCACCGGCGGCCUCAUCCCUCUGCCUGGCGCUCCCGGAGGCCGGCCCAGCCCCCCGCACCCCGAGCUGCGCCUGGAGGCGCCCGGCGCGUCGGAACCACUGCACCACCAUCCCUACAAGUACCCGACCGCCGCCUACGACCACUACCUCGGGGCCAAGAGCCGGCCGGCGCCCUACCCGCUUCCGGGCCUACGCGGCCACGGCUACCACCCGCACGCGCAUCCGCACCCGCACCACCAUCACCCGGCUGUGAGCCCUGCCGCAGCCGCCGCCGCCGCCGCCGCCGCAGCGGCCGCCAACAUGUACUCGUCUGCUGGUGCCGCGCCGCCCGGCUCUUACGACUACUGCCCCAGAUAAUGCGCCCAGCCCCGAGGGCCACCCAAGGACUCUCCUCCCGCCCCGGGGGACCACCGCGGGCUUCUCUCGCCCCAGCCUCGAAGCCAUUGGGGUCUGCUAGCCCUGAGGACUGUGGCAGUACGCAGCCCCGCCAGCCCUCCGGUUCUUCCCCAGCCCCGAGGACCGCGCGGCCCCCGCCCACCAGUGCCAAAGCGCCCGGUCCGAGGCGGAAGGAAGUGGUAUUUAUUGUUCUCCCCGAGACCGCGUCGCCUCCGGCCCGGCCGGCAAUUGCAAUGUAGACGACCCGAGAGAGCCCCGUCUGCAGGCGGUGUAGAUACGUGUAGAUAUGUGUAGAUACUGUAGAUACCGUGCCGGCGCCGACUUCAUAAACGGU